AUGUCUUCAAGACCCUCUUUACCCGCUGUCAACCGCAAUGGUGGUGGUUCUGGUGGUCACAACAAACCAUCUUUUGAUGCCAAGAAGAAUACUGCUGCUACAUCAAUGACUCAUCCAAUGAUGGCAGACUCAUCGAUGGGUCUCCUCACUUCCAAUCACAUGAUCAACAUGAUGACAUCUAUCAAUUCUUUCUCCUCUUCAUCGUCCUCCUCCUCCUCUUCGAAUCACACUCAAGUCUUUAAACAAGGUUAUUUAUCUAAAAAACCACUCAAAGCCAUCUCAUCAAAAUCCAAUUUUAAAUAUCGUUUCAAAGGAUGGAAAAAGAGAUGGUUUGUGUUAUCACGUACUUGUCUCUAUUAUUAUAAAGAUGCAGCAGCUGCAGCAGCCGCACAAAUUCAAAUGCAAAAUUUGAAACAAGUGGUCAACAACAACAACAAACACUCAAAUGAUUUAUCCAACACUUUACAAUUUGGACAACUCUCUGACAAGUAUCAACCAUUGGGUAUCAUUUCAUUGAUGGAAGAUAUCAAAAUUGAAAAAGAUGAUUUGGAAUCUUCUGAAUGUGGAAUGUUUGUAUUUAAAAUUAGAACACCCUAUGCCAUCCAUUUGUUAGCAGCAAGUACUGAAUUGGAGAGAAAGGAAUGGAUAGAUUGUAUUGUUGGAAUUACAGGUGCAAUUCAAAUGACUAAAUUAGUACAAUAUGUUACGAAAUUACAAGUCACGAUCAUUGAAGCAAAAUUAAAUGAUGAAUUGGUGCGUGAAUUGAAUUUAUUGGAGAGUGGUAGUAGUGGCAAUGGUAAUGGUAGCAAUAGUAGUGGCAGUAGCAGUGGCAAUAGUAAUUCUCAUGAAUUGGAACCAGCUCAAAAUAGUAAUAAUCAAGUGUUGAAACAAUUAUCAACAACAAGUACUACUCCUACUCUUCGAAAGUCCGAUGUCAUUGAGAAUUCUCACUAUCAAGUGAGUUGUAAAGUGAAAAGUAAUUUUCAAGAAUUUUCAACCAUUUCUCAAUCCAAAACCAUUACUCCCAUUUGGAAUGAAACCUUUGUGUUGGACAUGCCACGAUUUCCAAUGGAAAUAUUUCUCAUUUUGGAAUUAACAGAAACAAAAGAAAUCAAAGUCACCAAUUUACUUUCAAAUCAACAACACAAGAAAUUAACACAAUUCACACAAUACUCUCGAAAUGGAAUUGUGAAAAUGACUAUAUUAGAACCUGAUUUGGUGGAAUCUGUACAAUCACAACAACAAUCCAAUGAUUUAGUCAAUCUAUCGUAUUUUCAAUUAACCAAUCAAAAUAAUUCCAAAUCCACUUUUGAAGUGAGUUUUGAGAAGUGGUUUAAUGCCAUUCUUGAACAAGAAGAUGAUUUUCAACUUGUUAAAAAGAAAUCACAAUUUGUGGUGGAUGAAGAGGAUGAUGAAGAUGACCAAGAUCAAGAGAUGAACAAUUCAAAAAAGAAUUCAUCCUCCUCCUCCUCCUCCUUACAUCACAAUGAUCUCAUGAAUGAAUUGUAUGAACCUGCCAUUUCUCAACACAAACGAAAAAAGACAAGCCUCGGUAAAAUCUAUGCUCGUGUGGAAUAUAUAUUUGAAGAUAUGCAAGGAUUUCCACUUUCUUAUCAAUCCAUUCAAAAUCAAAUCAAAGAAGCAAUGAGAAUGCAAAAUGAAUUAAUGAAUAAGAUUUUAAAUGGAUCACAAACAAAGAAGGAAAAUACUUCACAGAAAAAGUUAUUGGGAUUGUAUCAGGAUCAUUUUGUUGAAGAAGAAGAAGGAUCUCAGUCAUUAUUGAACAAGAAGAAUUCUUCAUCAUCUCAAUCUCAACAACAACAACAACAAGGAUCAUCUUCUUCAGUGGAUGCUCUACUCAAUGAACAAAAAAAGAAACAUCGUCGACAACUCAUCACUCGAAGAUAUAAACAAGAAUUGGAUCGAGUCAUGUCGGAUCGAAAUGCAGAGUUAUUGAAAAGAGCACAAGAAAGUCAAAAAACAACUCUUGAAAUGCUUCAAGAGACCAUUCAAGAUCGAAAGAGACAAUAUGAGAAUAUUGAAAAUGAAUAUCAAAGAAAAGAAUUUGAACAACAAAAGAAACUCCAACUCAAACUGAAACGCGAAGAAGAACAACGUCUCAAAGAAAUCAACAAGACUCUCAAACAAAAAGAAUACGAAAAAAAGAAACAACUUUCCAUUCAGACCAAUCGAGAAAAAUUACUCGAUGAACGCAAUCGUAUUAUUGAAAUUUUGAAAUUCAAAGCAGAGAAAUCCAAACACUUUGAAAAGUUACAUAAUGCACUCAAACAAGAAGAAGAACGAGCGACUCAAGAGUUAGUCUCAACCAUUGAAAAGAAAGAACGUGAAUUUAAACUCAAGGCUCAACGUCGUAUUCAAGAAAAUGAAGAACGAAUGUUACGAGAAUUGAAUGAGAAGAUUAAACGAGAAGAAGAAUUCAAAGCAAAGAAAUUGAGAUCGGAAAUUGCUCAACUCGAAAAGGACAUGUCCAAGAAAUUAAAAGAAUUACAAGAACGAGAACUUCAAACAAAACAAAUGGAAGAACAUCAAAAGCAAGAAUAUAAGAGAAAGAUUAAAGAAUUACAAAAGAAGGUGAAAGAAGAGGAAUUGAACAUGUUAUUGAGAAUGCAAGAACGAUUACAAAAUGAAACAGCAGAAAGACAACAUGAAAUUGCCAAUGAAAUUGAUCAAUUCAUUAAGGCUCAACAAGAGAAUUAUGAAAAGCAAUUGAAGGCAUUUUCUGGUGCUGGAAGUGCCACGACUCCUACUCCUACAACAGCCGUAAAGAGUGGCGCCAAUCUCUUAACGGAUUUUUCAUCGUUGGCAACCAUUUCAAAGCCUAGCUCCACUCAACUCAAAUUACAAGCAACAUUUCAAGUCAAGACGUCUGAUUCGAUUCCAUUUAAACCCAUUGGUAUUGAUAUAUGGAAAUGUGGUGGUUUCUUACAUUUCUAUUUCAUUGUUGAAUUGAAGAGAGGUACAUUGAAAGCACCGUCAAAAAAGAAUGCCAAUACGAUUACUUUCAAGAACAAUCCUGAGGAAUAUUUAAAGAUGAAUCCACAUGUUCCACCUCCACCUGGCUAUAUUCCACCUCCACCUCCAGUGACACCUUCCACUCCAAUUGUCAAUACAGGUGGUAUUUUCAAGAUGAAUAUUACUCGAAAAGAUCCUUCUUCAGGAUCCUCUUUGGAUCAAUUUGAAAAAGAAAAAUCGAGUGGUGGUGUCAUUGAUUUGAAAGACAUUUUGGCUCAAAAGAGUAAACUCAAAGCAACAACACCUCCUGCUGCCAAUUCUAAUAAGACCACUGAAUCAUCAACACCUAUUGGUAUGAGUAAUACUUUAUUCUCAUCGCUUCAAAUGAGAAGAAAACAUAUGGCAGUGGAUAGUGAUGAAGAGGAAGAAGAAGAAGAAGACACUCAAAAAGAGGCAAUCAAACACACCAAUCCAAUGAUGGCCAUGCUCCUAUCAAGAAUUGAACGAUUAAAGAGAGAACAGAAAGAAAUGCUCGAUGAAGAAGCGUGGGAAGAGGAAUUUGGAAACAGUACACCAAACGCAAUGAAAAGUGGUGGUGGUGGUGCCUCUGAUACAGUGGACAGCAGUAGUGAAGAUAGUGAUUGGUAA